AUGUCCGCCCCAACCACUGCAUCCAAUCAAUGGCUCGAGCAGCAACUCUCCCAGCUUCUCUCGUCGCCAUACAUCCAUUUCAGACCACUAACCAAUGGGGGGCUACGCAUGGGGCAUGGGCCUAUUGAUCUCUUUAGCACUCGCUUCAACAAUCUAUUUUCCUCCGACGCGACUGGUGUCGUGGCAGGCAGUGAGGUGGACCGAGCGGGACUUAAGGAGGCUUUACUGGCACUACAGAGGAAAUGGGACGCCGAUAGCGCACACUUUACCGAGGUAAAUGGGCUGCAGGAUGGUCAUCUUGGGACGAACUUACAGUGGACGCCGAAGAAUGCAGAGGAUGGACAGAAUGUGGAGGUUUCUGCGACGGCAACCGUGCAACAAGAUGGCGGUGCAACUCGCAUCACUACAUUGCGACUCGACGGCGACCAGGCCUUGUUCACUAGUCCAAAGUGA